AUGGUUAGUGAAAUAAUAACACCCGAGGGUGACUUAAAGAAUAUUAUUGACAAAACAGCUCAAUAUGCAGCAAAGUUGGGCGAAAGUUUCGAAACUAAAGUUAGAAAUAAAGAAGGUCACAAUCCUAAAUUUAAUUUUAUGAAGGAGGGCGAUAUUCAUUAUUCAUAUUACAGAAAUAAAAUCAACGAAAAUAAAGAUGCAUUAGCCAAAGCUGCUGCCCCAGCACCAACUACUGCAAAACCUGCACAAGCAACAUCAACAACUCCAGCAGUAGCACCACAACCAAAUACCGAUACAGCAUCAGCAGCAAUACCAAAUAUUGCACCAGUUCCAACUGUAUCACCACAUCAACCAAAUAUUGCACCAGUCCCAAUAUUAAUGCCACACCAACAACCACCACAACAACAAUCCCCGCCACCACCACCACCAAAAAAAGAACCAACACUACCAGAUCCAUUAUUAUAUAUUUUAGAUGUUCCAGAUUUUAUGACACCAUUAGAAUUGGAUACAAUUAGAUUAACAGCACAGUUUAUAGCAAAGAAUGGUGAGAGUUUUUAUAAUGAAUUAUUAAAUCGUGAAUCAAAGAAUAAUCAAUUUGAUUUUUUAAAACCAACUAAUCAUUUAUAUGAAUGGUUCAGAGCAUUGGUUGAGUCAUACAGUGAUGUUAUAUAUCCACCAGCCAAUAUCAAAGAGAAAUUACAAACACCAGAAUUUACAGAUAAACAAGUUAUUUUAGAGCGUUCAAUGAACCGUUUCGAAUAUAAUCAAAAGAUCGAAUUAGAGAAACAAAAAGCAGAGGAAAAAGAAGAUGAAGAGAAAUCAAUGAUUGCAUCGAUUGACUGGCACGAUUUUGUUAUUGUAGAUACUAUAGAGUUUAACGAAGAGGAUUUAGAAGAUUUACCACCACCAAAGACCUUUGAACAGUUAUUAAACGGUGAUAUAUUGGGCGUUGAAGAGGAUCAAAAUGAUAACCAAGAUGUUGAAAUGGAUGUAGAGAUGGACAUGGGCGAAGACGAUAUGGACCAAGACGAACAACCAGAGCAACCUGAACAAUCAUCAUCCAAUAAAGUAGACCAAUCCAAAUUAAAAAUUGUCAAAGAUUAUCAAAAAACAGUUUCCAAACCACAAAAUCAACCAAAACGUACCCAAAUCUGUCAUUUCUGUAAACAAGAGAUCCCAUUAGACGAAAUGCAAGAGCACAUGAGAAUCGAAUUAAUUCAAAAACAACAAAGAGAUAAGAGCGGCGGUUCUCAAGGUGGUGUUAUGAUGAAUACUCUUACCCAAGAUGAAGAUAUCGCUAGAAAUCUCCAAUCCUUUGCAAGUAAAAGAUCUGAUAUCUUUGGUGAAGUCGACGGCUCAAAAAGACCACAAGAACCACAAGAUCAACCACAAAAAAUUAUUUGGGAUGGUCACUCUGGCAGUAUUCCUAAAGUUCAAGCUGCUAUGAUGGCUGCAAGCCAACAAAAACAACAACAACAUCAACAACAGACCCCACAACCAAAACCACCACAACAUGCAACCAUCCCACACCAACCACAUCAUCAUUUACAACAACCACAAAUGCAAUUGCCACCACAAUCAUUGCUACCACAUUUACAACAACAGCCUAUUGUACCACCAGGUGUAGGUAUGCCACCAAAUAUGGUACCACCACCAUUUGGUAUACCAGGUAUGAUGCCACCUCCACCUUUUGGUAUUCCAGGUAUGAUGCCACCCCCACCUCCAUCUAAUAUGAUUCUCGAAGAACCAAACUCUAAAAAAGUUAAAAAAGAUGAAAACUUAAUACCCGAGCAAAUAUUCCUUCAAGCCAAUCCAGGCCCAGUCACAUUAAAUAUUGAAUCACCAGAGAAAACAUUCCAACUUACAGUCCAUCCAACCGAUUUAAUCUCUACCCUCAAAGAAAAAAUCAAAGAUAUUAAUGGUAUGGCAACCAACAAACAAAAAUUACAAGCAGCAGGUUUAUCAGUAUUAAAAGAUACUUGUACAAUAGCUUAUUAUAAUUUAAAAUCAAACUCCACUAUCAAUUUAAGCGUUAAAGAGAGAGGUGGUAAAAAGAAAUAA